CAUUUACGUCGCGACCCAUACUUUAAGAAACGCUGCGUUACAUUGUUGUUGUAACAUUGUAAUGGAAACGGUUGCAUUGUUUCAAUGUAAUUCUAAAGAUAAUGAUGCCAACUGUCUACACUCUACAUUACUCAUAGGGUAAAGUUGAUAGUAGAUUUCUUAUUGUGUUUCAAUUCUUAAAAUGUUAUUUUAACAAAAUAACAAUUACAUGUUGUAAAAAGAACAAUGAAAAAGACAUACAGGGUCUUUUACAAAACAACAACAAUGUAGAAGCAGGAAUGAAUGCCUUGAGUGUUGUAUUUACUAAUCACUUUUUCCUUGGCUAGUGGCAAUGUGGUCUAGGGUUAAGGCUAGAUCUACAGUAUAUUAUCAACAUUGCCUUAUCGUAUAUCUCAUAUGAAAUUAUCGUAUUCUAAAGGUGGAUGUAAAUUCAACGUCUUGUGCGCCAUUUUGCGGUGGUACUGUGAGGGUCAAGUGUUAGUACACCGCCCUAAUCCACCUUGGCUGCCAUUGGAUUAGUCCUGAGAACACAACAAUGGCUCGUUUUAAUUCACCAUAAUCCCAGUGAAUAUUGAAAGCACUUUCAUAUGACUCUGUGGAGAAGAGGCUAAUGCCGAAAGAAGAACCUCUCAGGAACGUACUAAUAUAGGAGUUCAAAUCUCUACAAAUGUCUUCUGCUAUUAAGUUCUCUCUCCUCCCAUUCAUACUCCAGUUUGUGUAUAUGUGAACGCCCUCUGGUAGAUCAAUGUUCGCGUCACCACCAUGGACGCUGAGCUGGAGUUUGCCAUCCUGCCCAGCACCACUGGCAAACAACUCUUCGACCAGAUAGUGAAGACCAUCGGGCUGAGAGAGACCUGGUUCUUCGGCCUACAGUACCAGGACAGCAAAGGCUUCUCUACCUGGCUCAAACUCAACAAGAGGGUGACAGCUCAGGAUGUACGCAGGGAGAACCCUCUGUUGAUAAAGUUCAGGGCCAAGUUCUACCCUGAAGACGUAGCUGAGGAACUGAUCCAAGAGGCCACGCAACGACUUUUCUUCCUGCAGGUGAAGGAGGGCAUCCUGAAUGAUGAUAUCUACUGUCCUCCUGAGACAGCUGUGCUGUUGGCCUCCUACUCUGUUCAGACCAAACAUGGAGACUACAAGAAGGCCUACCAUUUCCCUGGUUACCUCAGCAGGGACAAGCUGCUUCCCCAGAGGGUUCUGGAGCAGCACAAGCUGAACAAGGAGCAGUGGGAGAACAGGAUAAAGGUGUGGCAUGAGGAGCACAAGGGAGUGCUGAGGGAGGAUGCCAUGGUGGAGUAUCUGAAGAUAGCUCAGGAUCUAGAGAUGUAUGGAGUCAACUACUUCAGCAUCAAGAACAAGAAGGGUUCAGAGCUGUGGCUGGGGGUAGACGCUCUGGGCCUCAACAUAUACCAGAACACUGACAGGAUGACCCCUAAGAUCGGCUUCCCAUGGAGUGAGAUCAGAAACAUUUCCUUCAACGACAAGAAGUUUGUUAUAAAGCCCAUGGACAAGAAAGCCCCGGAUUUUGUGUUCUACGCCCCUCGUCUACGGAUCAACAAGCGUAUCCUGGCACUGUGCAUGGGGAACCACGACCUGUACAUGAGGAGGAGGAAGCCAGACUCCAUCGAGGUCCAACAGAUGAAAGCCCAGGCCCGCGAGGAGAAGACUAAGAGACAGAUGGAGAAAGCUCUGCUUGAAAGCGAGAAGAAGAAGAGAGAGAAUGCGGAGAAGGAGACAGAGAAGAUCGCCAGAGAAACCAUGGAGCUGAUAGGCAGACUGAAACAGAUUGAGGAAGAGACCAAGAAAGCUCAGGAAGAGUUGGAUGAGCAGACUCGCAGGGCCCUGGAGCUGGAGAAAGAGAGGACGUUUUCCCAGGAGGAGGCAGAGCGUCUGGAGAAGGAGCGCAAGGCAGUGGAAGAGGCCAAGGCAUCCCUCCUACAGCAGUCAGAGAGCCAGAUGAAGAACCAGGAGAACCUGGCUACUGAUCUGACCUCUAAGAUCUCCCUACUGGAGGACGUAAAGCAGAAGAAGGACGACGAUACAAAGAGAUGGCAGAAGAGGGACUCUGUGCAGGGGGACCACGACGAGACCGACGAGAGCAGCGCCGAGGCCAGCGCCGAGCUGACAUCACCAGGAAUGGUCAGAGACCGCAGCGAGGAGGAACGCAUGACGGAGGCUCAGAAGAAUGAACGGCUACAGAAACACCUAAAGGCCCUGAGUAGUGAGUUGGCCAGCGCUCGAGACGACAGUAAGAAUACUCCCAACGACCUGAUCCACGCGGAGAACGUUAAGGCCGGCCGGGACAAGUACAGGACCCUCCGUCAGAUACGACAGGGCAACACCAAGCAACGCAUCGACGAGUUUGAGUCCAUGUGAAGGAUAGAAAGAAUACGAAUGAGAGAGGUGUGUGUGUGUGUGUGUGUGUGUGUGUGUGUGUGUGAGAGAGAGAGAGAGAGAGAGAACAAGAGUCUGUACUGAAUCUAUGUAUUUAAAUGGGAGUCAUAUAGGCAGGUACAGUGUAAUGACUAAGUCUUUAAUACCUCUCCCCAGUAGUGUGUUGUCUCCCGUGACUAAAGAGUGACAACUUCAUGGGAUUUGUAGUUUGGUCAAGUAAAAUUCUGUGGACUACAGACUGUAGGCUACUAGUACCAGAAUCAAAGUGAGUGAUGAUAUUAUUAAUCAUAAUAUAUCAUAAUUUAUGCUGCUUUUGCUCAUGGUUUUUGCAAUCUUGAAAUGAAUCUAUGCAAAAUAAUUAUUAGCUGAUAUAGCAUGAAAACCAUAUUUUUAUGUAUCGAUAGAUUAGUGACAGGAAGGAUAUGGAUAGAUUCGUGACAGGAAGGGUAUGGAUAGAUUAGUGACAGGAAGGAUAUGGAUAGAUUAGUGAGAGGAAGGGUAUGGAUAGAUUAGUGACGGGAAGGAUAUGGAUAGAUUAGUGAGGAAGGGUAUGGAUAGAUUAGUGAGAGGAAGGGUUUGAGCUUAAUUGCAAUAUUUUCUUAGGAUGGAUAUAUAUUUCACAGGUACAGUUGAAGUCGGAAGUUUACAUACACUAAGUUGACUGUGCCUUUAAACAGCUUGGAAAAUUCCAGAAAAUGAUGUCAUGGCUUU